AUGCUCGAAGUGGUUCUCUCCGCCUCCUCUCCACACGCCCUGAUCGAGGCCACCCCCGCGUGGACCGAGACGUGGGGCCACGCCGCCGGCUCGCCGCUCGCCGCGCUCUGCGGAGAGGGCACCUGCGCCCACACGCGGGGGCUGAUCGAGGCGCGGGCUCCUCCGGAAGCGCUGCGGACGGGCCAGACGGCAGCCUUCCGCAUGCUCACGUACAGCGCCAACGGAUCUCCGAUCCUCGCCGCCGUCGAGGCACGGCCGCUCGCGGCAAGGGCUGGCGCCAAAGAUUGCGGCCGCGCAUCUCUGCUCUUUGUGCCCGAGAGCGGGCACCUCGCUCCCGUGACGGUCUCGAUUGCACCCACCAGCACCGCCAGCGCCGCGGCGGCAAUGGCGGCGUCACUGCCGUGGCCUGAGGCUUGCAAAGGGCUGAGCCUACCCGACGGGCGCAGCUUUGAGUGGCUCUUCCAGAACGACCCCUCGCUCUGCGGCCUGCCGUGCAUCGCGACGGAGCCGAGGUCGCCGUGGCGCAUCGUCGCCGUGUCGCCCGCUUGGUGCGAUGCGACCGGCUUCACCGCGGCAGAGGCGGUCGGCGAGACGUGCCAGCUGCUGCAGCGGCCCGAGACGUGCCGCAUCGCGCUGGCGGCGCUGCGGAAGGCGUGCGAGGAGCGCACGCCGCUCGUGCUGCGGCUGCUCAACCAGGACAGGCAAGGCGUUGCCUUUUGCAACUUUUUGCGCGUCGCGCCGGUGCAGAGGGCCGGCACUAGCGAGCCCGCCUGCCUGGUGGGGCUCAUGACGCGCGAGGAGCUCGUGGCCGUGCCGGGAGCAGAGGGGGUGCACGCGGAGCCGCGCGUCGCGGCGCCUCCGCGUUGCGCCGCCGCCGCCGCCACCAAGGCCGUCUCGGCCCUCGCCGAGGUUGCGGCGCUCGCCUCCCCGUCCACGCCGCCGACGCCGCGCACGGCAGCGAUGCCGCCGCCGCCGGUGCCGCCGCCGCGCCUCGCCGCGGCGGUUCGCCAGGCGACGAUGCGCACCCGCUCAAGCGUCAGCGCCACGGUCGUCGCUGCGGUCUCCGAGGCUGCCUCGCCGCCGCCCCUGCAGCAGGCAGCCUCGCAGCAGGCAGCCUCGCCGCAGGCAGCCUCGCCGCCGCCGGCCGUCGUGCCGGGCUUGCAGGCGCCGGCGGCCAGCGUCGCCGCGCUCGGGGCGGCGGCGGUGGCGGUCGCUUCCGCCGACUGCUGGAGCGCCGGCGAGCAGUUGCUGGAUCUUCGCAGCUCCGGCGACAGCUCCUCCUCUUCCGGAAGGAGCAGCAGCAGCCGCAGCAGCAGCAGCAGCCGCAGCAGCCGCGGCAGCCGCAGCGGCGGGGACGACGACGCCGGAGGGCGCAGCCGCAGCCGCAGCAGUCGCGCCACCGCCGCCACAGCGGGCGGCGGAGGCCGGCCGGCUCCCUUCCUGACCAAGCUGCAGCAGAUCCUCGAGUGCGACGACGCGGCGCACGCCGUGCAGUGGGCGCGCAGCCCCGACGGCGACGCUUUCGUCAUCAUGGACCAGCCGGCCUUCGCCAAGGAGGUGCUGCCGCGCUUCUACAAGCACAACAAGCUCUCCUCCUUCGUGCAGCAGCUGUACACGUACGGCUUCCGCCGCGCCGACCGACACACGCUGACGCUGCUCCCCUCGAAGACAGCCCCCGCGCCGGCAGCGCGCGGCGGCAAGCCCGCCGGCGGCGGCAAGCCUCCCGGCGGCGCCCUGGCCUUCCAGCACGAGCACUUCUUGCCGGGGCGGCGCGACCUCCUCGGAUGCAUCAAGCGGCAGGCGGGUUCGUCGCGCCAAAUCACGGAGGGGGGCGACGGCGUUCCGGCCGCCGCGGGCGGCAGCGAGCUCGAGAAGGAGCUCGAUGCGCUCGAGGCGGCCAUCGCGGAGCUGGAGCGCGCGCACCGCUCCAAGGUGACGUGCGACGUGCAGCGGAUCGACAUCCUCUGGCACAUGGUCGCGCUCCGCCAGCGCGAGGCGUCGCAUCUGGUCGUGCCGCCGGCCGCCGCCGCGGCGGGCUCGACAGCCGCCCGGCCGCCAAUGUCGUCCGUCCUCUCGUCGCGUCUGUGUUUGCCGCCCGCUUCGUCUUCCUCGAGCGGCGCUGCACUGCCCCACGCGGGGAAGGAGCAGCCCCCGCCUGCCGCCAUGGCGUCCAACCCCCUCGGCGGCAUGGCGCAUCUCGCCCAGCUGGCGGCGGAGCAGGCUGCGGUCGCGACCGAGCGGCCACCCAACAAGCGGCCGUUCUCACCCGUUUCCAACGACGCGCGCCCCGUGCGGCCGCGGCACGACCGAGUGUCGGAAGGCGGCGCCGCUGCGAGCAAAGGCGUGCCCGCCGGCUCCGCUGAGCGCGUGCCGGCCAAGGGUGUCGAGGCCGCCGAGGAGCGCUCUCGAGUGGCCGAGCUGCUGGGGCCGGCUGGCCCUCAGCGCGAGUCAUCGCCGCACGAUUCGGUCGAGUUUUGAUGCGGUGCUGCGCUUUCUCGACCGCUAGAUGGAUCCAUGUUGUGCGCGCUUUGUAUCGCCUCUCCCUGUGCUCUCUCCCUCUCCCCCCCAUGCGCAUGUCGGCAUCUGCCAAGCCGCUAGGCGACGCCGUCCGCCUUCUGCGGAAGUGGGUGGCGUUCUGGUUUGGCCGCUGUUCUCCGCCGGUCUCCACUGCCGAGGAAUAGAAGUGCGAGCCUUACUGUCGGAUCUCGAGCGGGGGUACUGGUCUGCGGUCUGCACUGGAGCGAGAGUCGUCUGUGAUCUUGUCCACUUUUUGCGUCCCGUGAAUUAUGCUGUUGUUGUUGUCUUCUCGACGCUUGUGCCGGGGCCU